CGGUGGAAUUAAACGCUUCCGGUGUCACUGCUGGCUGAUCAUAAUGAAUCCGCUCACCAAAGUGAAGCUCAUCAAUGAACUGAAUGAAAGAGAAGCUGAACUGGGCGUCAAAGACAAUGUGUCCUGGCAUUCAGUCUAUAAGGACAGUGCCUGGAUCUUCAUCGGUGGCUUCCCAUAUGAGCUGACAGAAGGAGACAUCAUCUGUGUUUUCUCUCAGUAUGGAGAGAUUGCUAACAUCAAUCUGGUUCGAGAUAAAAAAACGGGCAAAUCAAAGGGAUUCUGCUUCCUGUGCUAUGAGGAUCAAAGGAGCACUAUUCUGGCUGUGGAUAACUUCAAUGGAAUCAAGAUUAAAGGCCGGACCAUACGCGUGGACCAUGUAGCAAAUUAUCGCCCACCUAAAGACACAGAUGACAUCGAUGAUAUCACUGAACAACUGCGAAAAGAGGGCUGCGCUCCCAAAGUGCCCCCUCCCUCCUCUGAGUCAGAAUCUGAGGAAGACUGUGCUGUACUUUUGAAAAAGCCAAAAAAAGAUAAAAAGGAAAAGAAGAAAAAGAAGAAAAAAGAGAAGAAAAAGGCAUUAAAGGUAGAGAAACACCAGGCACGGACAGAGAUGUCAACGUCUUUCCCAGUCAAAGUGAAGAAGGAGAAAAAGGAUGAAGUGUAUGAGAAGUAUGCCAUAAAAGGACCGGCAGAAAACAGAAGGGACAGACCUGGACAAGAGGCAAGAGGACAUCCACAGUACAGAGAAGAGGAGCUGGAGAGAUUCAGAGACAGACAUAGAGAUGAUCGGAGAGUUGAGAGAGACAGGGAUAAAGAAGGCGGCAGAAGGAUAGACCAGAGCAGAGAGGAGAAAAGACAAGACAACACACAACAGCGAUACAACAGGGACAAAGGAAGAGGGAGUGAUAGAGAAAGAAAUGGGGAUGGAGGGAGAGACAGAGAACGAGAGAGAGAUAGAGACCGAGACAAAGGAAGGGAACGAGACAGACACAGAGAUCGCAGUCGUGAAGGAGAACACAGGCGAAACUGAACAUAGGGCAGUUUGUACAAAUUUUUCUUAUUUUUUUGCAUACAAAUGGACUGUUUUAUCAGAGGUGAUUUAAGUGUACCUUGGAAAAUGUAAAUAAAUGUUUAGAAUUUGUGUUUUACACUUUACGAACACCCGUUUGACAAAUAAAUAAAUUUUAUUUGAAUUUAUAUGGUACAAAAACCAAAGAUGAGUAGUGUAGUCUUGAUGAAUAGUGACAACUAAAAUUUGUUUUCCAAAAUCAAGAUGAUGCUAUCAAAGUACACCAACCAUUACAGACUAGUAUACCAUAACUAGUAAAAGACAUUAAGUUAAGGAUGUGUUCAGUAGAAAUUGUUUUUAAUUAUUUUUUUUAUUUUUUUUUUUACAUUGGACCAAACAGAUUACCCAUUUAUACCUGCUCAACAGGAAAAAACAGCAUCGCUAAUAUUUCAAAUAAUCUCUAGAGCCACAUCAACAUAUUUAAUAAACUAGCAAGAAAAGAUGAAACAGAACUACACAGAUAUACUCUGAAUAAAUAAACACAGAGAAUUAAUAAGAUAUAAACACUGAGCUGAACAUUAAGAUGGAGAAAAUUACCCCAAAAAAUAUGGGUGUGGUGAUUAACAGCGUUUGGGAACCUAGCAUCUGUUUCACUUAAUUUAUCUAGCAUGGUUUAUAAAGAAAAAUACCAAUCUAACUUUUUCAUGUUAAAAAUAAUUACUUCCAGUAGCAAAAAACAAUAAGCAGUAAGCAAAAAAGUGACUGCCUAGGUAGUAAGGGCUUCACUUAAAGGUUUCUCUGAGAUUGCAAAAAAAGUAAAUCGCUCAAAAAACGUUCUGAAAGUAAUAGGUUAUAUAGCCUUGAGUACCUGUGAGCUGACCAAUUCAUAACCAAUGAAAUAUGAACAAACUGGCCAGCAGCACUAAUGAUGUGACUCCACUGGUUUUGUUCUGUCACAGACACUUAAAAGAAUAGCUCACCCAAAAAUUAAAAUUCUCUCAUCAUUUACUCACCCUCAUGCCAUCCCAGAUGUGUAUGACUUUCUUCUACUGAACACAAUGAUUUUUAAAAGAAGAUUUAAGCUCUGUUGGUCCAUACAUUGCAAGUGAAUGGUGUUUAGAAGUUUUUUUUCUAUAAAUUCUCCUCCCUGCCCAAACAAAAGAAGAACGUGAAAGUGGAGAUUUAUAUUAAAAAGGAUUUAAAUAUUGAUCUGUUUCUCAUCCACACCUAUCAUAUCUCUUCUGAAUACAUGGAUUAAACCACUGCAGUUGUACUGAUUACAUUUAUGCUGCCUUUAUGUGCUUUUUGGACCUUCAAAGUUCUGGUCACCAUUCACUUGCAUUGUUUGGCCCUACAGAGCUGAAACAUUCUUCUAAGAAUCUCUGUUUCUGUUCAGAAGAAAUAAAGUCAUACACAUCUGGGAUGGCAUGAAGGUGAGUAAAUGAUGAGAGAAUUUUCAUUUUUGAGUGAACUGUCCCUUUAACAUCCAGAUCAAUACUGCAGGUUAAGGGUCAAAUGUCUGUUUGCACUGAACUUUUUUACAGAUAUCUGACGUCCAUUAUUGCAUUGCUCAUUUGAUAGACUACAUAACUAUCCGUUUUGAAUAAACUAUCAAAAAUACAGAUAAAAACAUGUUCACAUCAGUUCUUAAUUGGACAGUAACGGUAUCUAAUAAAUAUAAACAGCUGCCAUAAUGUUGUCAGGUCUUCGGAUGUAGCGGUCCUCUUUAGCCCAUUUAAACUUUGUUUUUGCAAGCUGUCUUUGGGUCCUUGAGGCCAAUUGUCUUUACCAUCACAGUUUUUCCAAACUAAUUCAAGAAGAGUUUUAACAUUUGUGACUGUUCACAAUGUAAUAUAUUAAAAUAAGAUGGAGUAUUGCCAUUUCACUUCAUUAAUUAUGGUAAAUUAAAUCAUAAGCACCAUCUAAAUACAGGAAAUUAAAAUUUUUUGAAGCUUCUUGAAUUUGGGUAGUUAAUGUUCCAGGUUUUGCUGUUGUAAAACCUACACACUCUUUUGCAGAUUUUCCUUAUAUUAUUUUUCCUUACAUAAAACAUUUAAUAGGAGUAAUCUGGCUAUUAGAUUUUAAUGUUACCUGAUGGUUGGCAACUAUCUCCAAAACAAAAAACUUUUAUCGCUGGGUCCGCACCUGAAAAAUCAGAGCUGCAUCAUGGAUAAAGCUAACCAUUGCCACACACGUUAAGUAUUCUAGUCCUCGACGGGAACAUGUUUAUACACAAGUUCACUUGGAUGUAGUGCUCAAUAUUGACCCUGAUGGCUUGAUUGCAAGGCAUGGCACACAGCUCAGGAAAUUACCUGCUCACUUCAUUAAAAUAAAUGUAUUCCGUUUUGUGUUCACUUCUGUUUAAAGGAGUCUGAAAUGCCAUGGGAGAGAGAUGGCUGGUGGUCUAUUUUGACAUCAAAUUUCUUCAAAAACAAUCUGCAACAAACUACAAUUGGCCACAUGGUCACAUCUGAAUGAAGACAUUUAUGCAUUAUUGUAUAUUCAUUUUCUUUGGAAAUCCAAGUAGAUUAGGCUAAAUGUGCAAAUUUAAAGGGAUGGUUCAACCAAAAAAGAAAAAUGUUCUUCCAAACCUAAAAUCUCAUUUAUGUUCCAUGGAGGAAAGAAAGUCACAUCUGUUUGGAUCAACAUAAGGGUGAGUAUUUGGCAAAAUUUUCAUUUUUGGGUGAAUUAUCCCUUUAAUGUAACUAGACUAGACCAUUUACACUCCACACAUAUUUGGUGCUUGAAGCUUCCUUCAGGGCUCAUGAUCUGCAUGCAGGUACUCCAUCCUGUUCAACACAAAUUUCCUAGUGAUGGGAAUGUUUCGAAAACCGUUUAUUUACGGCAUAAUUUUUCCAGAUCUCAAGAGGGAUUAUCUGUUAAUCAAGUACCUCGAAAAAUGUAUUGAUAUCCUUAAUCUCCAUUAUCUAAAAGGCUUGAAAACAGGAUUUCAAGUUUAUCCAGAGAUAACAAAAAUGUAAAAGAAUUUUCUUCUUGGAUUGAAUUAGUUAGAUUUUUCAUUAGCAUAUAUAGUUCCCAUGACAACCGCUUGUCGAGAGCACAAGCAUGGGGGACGAUAGUCGGUCCACACAUCUGUGGUGCAGAAACACUGACCAGAGGAUAUGAGCUCAACGCUUUCAUCUUUCCCUAUGGGUCUCUACUGAACAAAUUUUUAAAAAAAGACUAAAUAUAUUUCCUCUACAACAUAUUUAUAAAAAUGUAAUUUACAUAUUUAAAUUACUUAUCAGUGAGAACGAAAGAGCAGAGAGAUAAAGAAGGGCUAAUGGUGUCAGUUGUGUGUCAAACUAAAGAGGUCUUCAUGGAACUACCCGCAUUCAGAGAGAUCAAUGCUGUUAUCGUACAGACAUCUCCAAAAUCGUCAAAGGUAUUUGAUUAAGAGGCUAGAUUCGGUGUAACUGUUAGCGAAGCUGGUUUUGGGGCCAAAGUAGGAUGACUUGUGAAUGUCUUUUGUCCUUCCUGCCCAUUAAACCAGCAUGUGUCUCUUCCAGUCCUUUCAAGACACAGGAGGGUUGGAUCAUAGUGACCUGAAUUUGAGACCAAGUCCUUGAAGAUGGCAGUUUCUAAAAGACUGAGUUUGUAAGGCAUUGUGGGUUCACUGACCAAAGGGGCGAGUAAAUAAUCGCUCCGAUCUUGCUGGAUUUUUAAAAGACCUGGAGUAAACAACUUCAGUCUAGACUAAACGAAUCAUAGUAGAGACAUAAUAUCAACAAAUAUCAACAAAACUAGAUGUGUGUGUAUAUUUACAAAACGUUUGAGCAGUGAGCUAACAUUUACAAUGAGUGUGUUUUACAUGCACAAUCUUACAACGAAUAUGCUUCAUAAGCUGACAUUUUUAAGCAUAAACAGGUUUAAAUGUAGAUUUUUGCCCAUUACCUCGAUUUCUCGUUCCAUGUAAACACUGUUACCAGCUUAUCCAAUGUGCCUGUUUAUGUCUUGACGUCAAAAGCAGAGAAUAAUCAGAUGAUUUUAGUCUCAUGUGAAUGCUGAUUUCAUACAUAUUUUUAUUUUUUUAUUUUUUUUGAAUAAGCUGAUUUUUGAUAGUUAUCAGCAUAUUGCUGUGCAUGUAAAUGCGCUCAAUGACAACAAAACCAAUCUAAUAUGGUCAGCUGCACCAAAGAGAAGAGAGGGAGUUGUUUGCUAUUCUGCACAGGCUUAUUCGUUUACAUGCAGUCAUUGGUGAAUAGACAAUGUACAACAGAAAUCCAAGGUGAUGAGGAACAUACACAAAAAAUAAAUAAAAAUAAAGUGUCAAAUAUAUAUAACCAUAUUUGCAAUGUGGCAUAAGAUCAG